GUGCACUGUGUGUGAGUGUUAUGUCUUUUUUCGGAUGCGCGAAAAGUCGUGAAUUAUUUUUCGUGGUUUUUCACAGUUCUCGGCCUAAUUUCUGCCUUUUAUUUAUUUGCAAGUGUGAUAAGGAACGGGUGUUGCGGCAUCUCGCGAUAGAAGUGUGAUGUUUGGAUGUGCCGUGAGUCUACAAUUUAGCUUAGAAAAUUGUGUGUGGCCGUCGCGACGUUUCCUUCCUGCCUGUGGCUCUUGUGUGUGACACGCACCGCUCCUCCAUCCUGCCCCCGGGCUCUUGACAUUUCUUGUAUCAAUUGUGUCCAACGGUGAACCCACCUUUUGCCAAAAACACCUUGGAAGCGGGCAAACCAACUUGAAUCAUUCGUUUCGGCUGUGCUAAUCGCGUAAUAGCCCCCGUGGGAGAAUUUUCCGGGCGUUUUUCCCUACGGGAAGAUGUCACUAAGUGGCCUUUCGGUGAUUCCAUGGCAUUUGAUUUGAAUGCGACGUGGGAAAGUGGCCGCUUUUCGAAAAAACACAGCCGUCGCGAUCGUCGGCAAGGUGAGGAAAAACUAUGAUAAGAUUUUGACAGCGACGACAGCAGCGGAGCGGCAGUCGGAGUCAUUGUCAUCAGCGAACGUUGGUGUGAUCUCAUACGGGAAGGAAUUAAGUGUGGAAUUUCGCGGAGAUUGUGUACGGCCAGCAGCUGCCGGAGAGCCUCAUGCCGCCGCCACCGCCGAGUAAAAUGUCUGGAGUCGUUGACGCCGAUCGCAAAAUGAGGGUUCAAAGGCUCGAAGAUCUUGUGCGGGAUCCGUCCAGCAUAAUGAAUAUUGACUGUUUGCUGGACACGGUCACCGCUUUGGCAGCUGAUUGCGAUCAUGAGCCUGUUAAAAAGCUUAAAAACAUAGAGGCAUAUGUAAAUAGAUAUGAGGGCUUUGCAAAAAAGAUCGUUGACUUACGCAUGAAACCCGAUGACUUCAAUUUAAUUAAAGUAAUCGGUCGUGGAGCAUUCGGUGAAGUUCAAUUAGUUCGUCAUAAAUCCACUAAGCAAGUUUACGCAAUGAAACGAUUAUCCAAAUUUGAAAUGAUCAAACGACCUGAUUCGGCAUUUUUCUGGGAAGAACGGCACAUAAUGGCACACGCAAAUUCUGAAUGGAUAGUUCAGUUGCAUCAUGCAUUUCAGGACAAUAAGUAUUUAUAUAUGGUGAUGGAUUAUAUGCCAGGUGGCGAUAUCGUUAGUCUUAUGUCAAUGUACGAAAUACCAGAGAAAUGGGCAAUAUUUUAUACGAUGGAAGUCGUCCUAGCCUUAGACACUAUUCAUAAUAUGGGCUUCGUACAUCGUGACGUGAAGCCUGAUAACAUGCUCCUGGAUAAGUACGGACAUUUGAAAUUAGCUGAUUUUGGAACGUGUAUGCGAAUGGGACCAGAUGGAUUAGUUAAAAGUAGUAAUGCCGUCGGCACACCGGACUAUAUUAGCCCGGAAGUGCUGCAAUCGCAGGGCGGUGAAAAUGAAUACGGUCGUGAGUGUGAUUGGUGGUCCGUUGGAAUAUUCCUCUAUGAAAUGCUUAUCGGUGAUACUCCGUUUUAUGCGGAUAGUUUAGUUGGCACUUACGGAAAAAUUAUGGACCAUAAAAAUUCUUUAAAUUUUCCAACAGAAAUAGAAAUUAGUGAAAAUGCCAAGUCUUUGAUACGUGGAUUUCUGACGGAUCGAAUACAUAGGUUGGGACGUAAUGGAAUUGAGGAAAUUAAGUGCCACCCGUUCUUCCAUAAUGACACCUGGACAUUUGAUAAUUUAAGAGAGUCUGUGCCACCCGUCGUACCUGAGUUGAGUAGUGAUGAUGAUACGCGGAAUUUCGAUGAUAUCGAAAGAGAUGAAAGUCCAGAGGAAGUUUUUCCUGUGCCAAAAACAUUUGCCGGUAAUCAUCUGCCAUUCAUUGGAUUCACAUACAAUGGAGACUACCAGCUCUUUUCAAACGAUGCUGUAGAUACGAAUCGUACGCACAAUCACGGACAUAGACCGUCGAACACGGCAGAAUUGAAACGCUUAGAAGCCUUAUAUGAACGUGAAAAAGCGAACGUAGAAAAUUUGGAAAAGCAAGAGCGAACAUUGAAAUUGCAGAUCGAAACCCUGACACAGCGAGAGAAUGAAGUUCAAUUGCUAGCCAACAAAUAUGAAAAAGACUUAGCUAUGCUGAAACAUAACUACAAGGAAGCGCAACGGAAAGCGGACCAUGAAGCGGAGAUGAGGCGAAAGACAGAAAAUCUUUUAGCUGAAACCAAGCGGAAUCUGGAUGAGGAGCAGAGUAGGCGGACUCGAGAGAUGAAUAAUAACCAACAGCAUAACGACAGAAUAAAUAUGCUUGAGAAACAACUUGCUGAUAUGCAAGAGAAACUCAAAAGUGAGACAGAGAAUGGUCAAAAGUUAAAGAAGCAGAUUGUUGAGUUGCGGCUAUCGAGAACUGAAGUUGAACAAAAAGCAGCACAGCUUCAAGGUGUCCUUGCAGGUCUUCAAGCGCAACGAGACGCCCUGCAACAAGAGGUUGCUGAAUUGCAGAGCCGCCUAGUCCAAGAGAAGAAUGGUCGCGCUCAGCUUAAAGAGCUCAACAAAGAGUUGGAGAACAAAUUGCAAACGGUGAAUAUGGAUUUAGAACGCGUUUUAAACAGGGAGCAACAAGCAAUGGACGAUAAUCGUUUACUGGGGGAACGAAUCUCUGAACUAGAGAAAGUUAAUGCCGGACUAGAUUUGGAGCUUAAAUCUGAAAAGAACCGAUAUCAACAGGAAGUAAAAGCGCAUCAAGAGACCCAAAAGUCGAGGCUUCUAAGUCGUGAAGAGGCUAACAUGCAGGAAGUAAAGGCUCUCCAAACCAAACUGAAUGAAGAGAAGGCAGCACGGACUAAAGCGGAUCAAAACUCACAAGAGAAGGAACGUCAAAUAUCAAUGUUGUCGGUCGACUACCGGCAAAUCCGUCAAAAACUGCAGAAGCUAGAAGGUGAAUGCCGACAGGAGGUGGAAAAAGUGAUGGCCCUUCAGAGUCAAAUCGAUCAGGAGACCAGCAAAAGAAACUCUCUAUUGUCUGAACUCAGUUUACAAAGCUCUGAAGUAGCUCAUCUAAAAGCCCGCGAAAGUCAACUACUAAAGGAAGUCAACCAGCUGCGCGAGACCAAACGUCGUCUCGAAGAAGAUAUUGUGAAAAUCAAAAAUGCUCAUAAUGCUGAUAUUCUCCAAAUGCGCGAGCUUCAGGACCAACUUGAGGCCGAGCAGUAUUUCUCAAGACUGUAUAAGACCCAAAGUAGUGAGUUGCGUGAAGAAAACACCGAAAAAAUCAGAGUCAUUCAAGAGCUUGAGGAAGAAUGCUCGUCAUUGAAACAUCAAGUGCAAGUAGCAGUGGCUCGUGCUGAUGCUGAAGCUUUGGCACGAACAAUAGCCGAAGAAACCGUUGCCGAUCUUGAGAAGGAAAAGACAAUAAAGGAGUUGGAAUUGAAAGAUUUCAUGACCAAACAUCGCAAUGAAAUUGCCGCUAAAGAAUCUGCAUUGGCUGCCGUCAACGAGGCUGAGGCUGAAGUGAUUAAAAAAUUAAAUCAAAAGAUAGCAGAAUAUGAUGAGCUUGUUCAACAGAAUAAGAAUUUGCAGGAAGAAUUGGCACAGAACAAAGUCGAUAAGAAUGAAAUUAUUAAAUUACAGGAAAAAGUUAAGACUGAGAAUUUGUUGAAACAAGUAGCAGUCAAUAAACUAACGGAAAUAAUGAAUCGUAAGGAUGCCAAUAUCCAAGGCAAACAAAAUAAGGCUAAGACUAACUCUGCGGCUGAUCUAAAGAAGAAGGAGAAGGAAACCAGGAGGUUACAACAAGAACUGACACAGGAAAGGGAGAAAUAUACACAACUUUUGCUGAAAUUCCAAGAUAUGCAAAGUCAAUUCGCUGAGGAAUGUAAUGCAAAGACAAAAUUACAAAUGGAAGUAGAUUGCAAAGAUACGCAAAUCGAACAAUUGCAAUCAAAAUUGAAUGAAACUGCGUCGCUUUCUUCGGCUGAUAAUGAUACCGAGGAUAAUCAGGAUACCGUCUUCGAGGGUUGGUUAAGUGUGCCAAAUAAACAAAAUAUACGUCGUCAUGGUUGGAAACGGCAAUUCGUAGUCGUCUCAUCGAGAAAAAUUAUAUUUUAUAAUUCCGAGAUAGACAAGCAGAAUACAAUCGACCCUGUGCUUAUUUUAGAUUUAAGCAAAGUAUUUCAUGUUCGAUCCGUUACACAAGGUGAUGUUAUACGUGCUGAUGCCAAAGAAAUCCCAAGAAUAUUCCAGCUAUUGUAUGCUGGUGAAGGUGAGGCUAGACGACCUGAUGAUCAGCAAAAUCAAGUGGAUAUGAGUUCGUUACGCGGUACCGGUAUUAUCCAUAAAGGACACGAAUUUACCCAAAUUAGUUAUCAUAUGCCAACAGCUUGUGAAGUUUGUACGAAACCAUUGUGGCAUAUGUUUAAGCCGCCGGCGGCCUAUGAAUGUAAAAAAUGUCGCAAUAAAAUUCACAAAGAACAUGUGGACAAUAACGAUCCAUUGGCUCCAUGUAAAUUACAUCAUGAUCCUCAUAGCGCUAGGGAAAUGUUAUUACUAGCGGCUACAAAAGAUGAUCAAAACUUAUGGGUAAACCGUUUAUCGAAGCGUAUCCAAAAAAGUGGAUAUAAAGCGAAUUCAUCGUCAAAUAAUAAUAGUAGUGGAGACGGUAGUAAAAUUUCACCAAGUCAAUCGACUCGUUCCAACUAUAAGCCAUAUGCAGUCAAUGUACAAAGAUCAGCCACUCUUCCUGCUAACUCAUCAUUAAAACAGUGAUUAUUAUCGUCAUUAGUUUACCAAUUUAUCGACUAGAAUUAAAUAAUAAAAUAAGACGAUAAAGUGAGACAACGACCAUACAUUUAUAUAACAACAUUCUUAACACCAACAAAUCCAAAUUGGAAUGAAAUAUCAAUUAAGUUAUCAUGAAUUACAUUGCGCCUAAGAAAAACAGAUGAACUAAUAACUCCCGAUUGGAAGGCAAAAGCCAACAAGACCACGCUUCCAAAUCGGAGAAAAUAAAACAGCCUAAACGCAAAAGCAACAAAACUGGAAUCUAACAGCAAUAACAAUAAUAAAAAUUAACUCGAAGGAAAUAUCGAUAUGAUUACUUAAUGAGAAGAACAUAUUAUUUUGCCCUCAUUGUUAUUGGCGUAUAUUAUAUUAAUUUUAUUCAUUACUACGAUUAACGUUUUUACAUGUAUAUUAUGACUAUCAUAGCUUUGUUUCCUGUACGAUGAUAUUUUUCCUAAAUAGGCGUUUUAAAACAAAUUCUUUUUAUUUCUUAAUACAUUUGUGUUAACAAAUUUCUAUUUUGUAAUAUUAUUUAAUCAGUAAUUUAUUUUAAGUGGAACGAAGAAAGGAAACACAAAACAGAUACUAGUUAGUUAUAGAUAGAUAGGGUAGAUAGAGAAAAAGAAGAAGAAACGUCAAAAAACAACAUUGAAAGAAUGCAAAGAUUUUAUUUUUUAAAAAUAUAUAUUUUUUAUUAUGA